AUGAAGAUUACUGCCGCAGUAUUAUGCGCACUCGCCACUGGCGCCAGCGCCUUUUCACCGCAAAAGGGAUUCGUCUCAAGAAAGUCUGGAUUGAUUGUCCCACCAUCGGCUCAAGACGAACAGUCAUCAUCAUCAUCACCUUUGUUUGCUCCCAAUAUGGUUGCUGGAGGAGCUGAGCGUUCUUAUGGACAAGAAUAUUAUGAGGGAGCCCCAAUUGGUCCCCCUCCGGAUCUUCCAUCCUUGUUGUUGCACAAUAGAAUUGUUUACAUUGGUAUGCCAUUGGUCCCUGCCGUCACCGAGUUGGUCAUUGCAGAACUGCUAUACCUGAACUACGAAUCCACCACUGAUCCCAUCACCAUGUACAUCAACUCUUCCGGAACCACCACUGCCAAUGGACAACCUGUCGGUUUUGAAACUGAAGCCUUUGCCAUUGCUGAUGUCAUGAAGUACGUCCGACCACCGGUCCACACAGUCGCCUUGGGACAAGCCUUUGGAGCUGCUGCCAUGCUGUUGUCGCAGGGAAAGAGAGGCUACCGAUUUGCCCUGCCCAAUGCCACCAUCUUGCUGAACCAGCCAAAGUCGCAAGCUCGUGGUCAAGCUUCUGAUAUUGCCAUCAAGGCCAAGGAAGUUGCACACAACAGGAGACAUACCUGUGAAUUGAUUGCCACUGCCAGUGGAAAGCCUGUCGAGACUGUCAUGGCCGAUUGUUCUCGUGUCAAGUACUUGCAACCCCAUGAGGCUGUUGCAUACGGUUUGAUCGACGAGGUCAUUGAUAAUGGAACCAAGAACCUUCCAGUCGAACCUGCUUUCAUGUCACAACUUUAA